GUGAUUAUGUCUUGCGAAAAUCAAGUUGUUGCAGAGAUGAGCACAAAUUUUAUAAUAACUGGUAUCGGAAUGAUUGAUAUAUGCACAUGAAUUGUGAGUAAUCUCUCCAAAGAUAUGAUCAAUGAGAUAUUUCCAGGAAAUUCUGCCAGGAAACGCCAGUACUUUUCGCUAAAAUUUUUCACGCUCGUUGGUGUCUCUCGGUGAAUUUUUUUCUUCUUCAGCCGCAUAUCAACAAUGGAAAUUAGAAGGUACAACUUUUGUACAUGUGUAGCUAAAUUGUCUGGCCGAUUGAUCUGCGAUUAGUGGCUGGUGUCUCAAGACACAGCUUGCCCCAUGCAGUGCUCCGCAUAUAAAAGCCAAUGUGAUCUCCAAACUGAGCAUCAGUAUUUUGCAGAUUGUUGUACGAGCAAGACUGUUGGGAAAAGUGUACCUGGAUUUGUGAUAUUUUGUGGGAAAUUGAUUAACGUGCGUGGAAGCUAUUGAGGAUGAAGAUUGCCAGUUUAACUAUUGUACUGUACCUGAUCUAUGCUGUGUCAGCACGAUCGCACCACAAGGCGUCCAAGAAGAAGGACUAUGAGUAUGACUAUGGUGGUGAUUAUCAGGGAGCAGUGUCUGGAAAUGGGAACCAUGCAUCAUACUCUUCAGUGGCAGAAAAUCAUGGGGCAUCCAGUAAGUCAGGAUACAGUGCAGGUUCUGGGUUACGGUCGAUUGCUCAGGGAUCUGCUGAUCAAGCAAAUUCAGCUGUUGCUAAUCAACAUGCUGCCGCCAAGCAAGCAGCUUUUGUGGCCAAAAACACUUUGGCACAACAGGCUGUGCAGGCUUCAGCUACUGCCCAGGCUGCUUUAGCCGGCAAGCAAGUUCUUUUGCAAGGACUGGAACAGCAAAGCAUAGAGGCUCAUCAAGCUUUGGACAGUGAAAUUCAGCAAUUGCAGCAAGCCAAGAGGUCUGCCAAAGCUGCCCAGCAAGCAGCCCAACAAGCUCUCAAUCACGUCGCUGUUCUCACAGCUGCUCUCAACAAUGCCCAGUCCACAUCGGAUCAUGCUCAGCAGGCUGCCAGUGAGGCUGCAGCUGAACUUGCUUCCCAAACAGCCAUGGUUGGAGCUGCAAAGACGCGUCUGGAGACAAUUGAGGAGCAACUCCAUUCUGCUAGAAUAGACUUUGAGGCUACACAAUCAGCUGCAGCUAAGGCGGCUGCGUCAGCCCAAGAAGCCCAGAACAAUGCUGCAGAAGCCGCCAUCCACGCUCAAGUCCUGUCGCAUGAUUCCAUUGGUCAUGGAUCUGAUCAGAGUGAUCACAUUGACGAUGUAGCUACGAAUCACAACUACGGAGAAUUUAAACCAUCUCACCAGGGACAGGAUUCAACAUCCUAUCAGCAGCAACAGCAGUACUUGGCCGGUUAUUGAUCUAACGAUCUAGCUCUUAGUAUUAUUUUAUUUAUUUGAUUUUUUUAGGAGCAAAAAAAAUACUCCCACGAGUCUGUUGAACUACAAGUACUUGUUGCUAUUUGUGCAAUAUACCGAUCGUGAUCGCGAAAGCUCUCUUUUAAAUGAUAUUUGCUUAUAGGAAAACCAAAAAAAAUCACCCAGUUAGAGUUUCUACAUCUCUCCCACUUUUGCAUUCUCUCAUUCCAUCUUUUCUCUUUUCCCCAUUUCUCUCUCAUCUUCUUUUCCAUCAACCUAUUGAACAUGAUCUUGGUCUGGGCAAAACUGGUCUCAAGUACUUUCGACUUAUCCAUCAUCAUUUAUAAUAAAUCGCCUCACCAACACUUUUACUUUCGCACUCUUUAUGUAUUACAAAGCAUCCAAGAGGCAUCAGAAGCUUAAUGGGAAUUAGUAAAGUGUCCACAAGAUUGCAGAUAUCUCGCUAUGUUAUUUUAGUAUAAUGCCGUUUUAUAUUGUUACCGUGUGAAUAGAGAAAAAAAUUUAAUAAAAAUGAACAUAAAAACAAAA